GGCAAGCUCAGUAAGGCUGAAGCUGUUCCACAAACAGUAGGUAAUGAGUCUUUGUGCAGACUGGAGCUCUUGAAGGGGAACAAUAAAGCAUAUGUUACCAGCAAUAAAACACUGUGCUGGGGAUAUCUUCUUUAAUAAAAAAAAUUGUUCGGAUGCAGAAGAGGAGAAAUAACAACGACCAGGCACUGCUAGAAAAGCAAAACAGACGUUAACCUGAAAUGGAUUUAUAAAUAGGAUUUCUUUAUAUCAAGAGUACAUGGACUGGGAAACAGCAGACUGAGCAGGUACAUGUAACAGUGCUGCAGCUAUGAGCGGGAUUCUAAAAAGAAAAUUUGAAGAAGUCGAUGGUUCUUCAGCAUGCUCUUCGGCACAGGAAUCAGAGGAUGACAUAUCCAGCAGUGAAAGUGCAGACAGCAGUGACAGUGUGAAUCCAUCUAGUACAAGUCACUUCACACCAUCAUCAAUACUGAAAAGAGAGAAACGUCUGAGAGCCAAAAAUGUUCGUUUCAACUGUGUCACAGUGUACUAUUUCACUAGACGACAAGGAUUCACAAGUGUGCCCAGCCAAGGAGGAAGUACACUGGGUAUGUCUAGCCGCCACAACAGUAUUCGCCAAUAUACCCUCGGAGAGUUUGCCCUGGAACAAGACCGGUUACACAAGGAGAUGCUAAGAGAUCAUCUCAGAGAAGAGAAACUCAACUCCUUAAAACAGAAGAUAACCAAAAAUGGCACUGUGGAAUCUGAAGAAGCCAACAUCCUUACACUGGAUGAUAUUUCAGAUGAUGACAUUGAUUUAGACAACACCGAGGUAGAUGAAUAUUUCUUUCUUCAACCUCUGCCAACCAAGAAGCGGAGAGCAUUGCUUCGAGCAUCGGGGGUGAAAAAGAUUGAUGUGGAAGAGAAACAUGAGCUUAGAGCCAUCCGUCUAUCCAGAGAAGAUUGUGGCUGUGAUUGCAGAAUAUUUUGUGAUCCAGAAACUUGUACUUGUAGUCUUGCAGGCAUAAAAUGUCAGGUGGAUCGUAUGUCUUUUCCUUGUGGAUGUACCAAGGAAGGAUGCAGUAAUACAGCGGGACGCAUUGAAUUUAAUCCUAUCCGUGUAAGGACACACUUUUUGCACACAAUCAUGAAGCUUGAAUUGGAGAAGAAUAGAGAACAGCAGGCAGCUGCGGCAGCUGACGCAGGCAAUGGUUGCCAUGGAGAUGUCAGCUCUCUUGCUAGUUCCCUGGAUGAAAGAGGCAGCCACUCUGUGGAAUAUUCUAUGGCAGAUAAUUUUGAAAUAGAAUCAGACCCUCAAUCAACUAUGAUGCACUUUCAGACUUCAGACCACCUGGACUGCAGCGGUGAAGAUGAAGAUGACGGAAGCAGCUAUUGUAGCGGCGUUACAGAUUCCAGCACACAAAGUCUAGCUCCAAGUGAGACGGACGAUGAUGAGGAUGAUGAUGAUGAUGACGAAGAGGAGAAAUCUGAUGACUUUGGUGAUGUUAUAGCUGCCCAUGAAGACAGUAUUCCUUUGCCAUCUGUCCUGUGCUAUCCAGAUAACAACACAAUGCAUGAAAAUCACUUAAAAAAUCAUUCGUAUUACGCCAACAACUCUACGCUGUAUUAUCAAAUAGAGAACCACAAUUCUGGUCCAACAAAUCAGAUCAUGGAGGCUUAUCCAGAAAGGGAUUUGGUAAAAAAUGUUUCUCCUAAUUUGGUGCCUUACAGUAUGAGAGCUGACCAGUUUGUUGACUACACAAGACAACCCGACAAUGUCUACAAUACUUCGCAUUACCCUGCGGCAAACCCAUCAGUGAUAGUAUGUCACGCAACUUCUGAUAAUGAGAAUGGUAAUCCACGAAGCGCGUUGUACACUGAACAUAGAUCAAGUCUUUCUCAAGUUGGGUAUCACUCCUAUUUAAAAAAUUCCCCUACUGAUGGAUUUGUUGCAAACCUAAAUGGAAAUCAUGUACCGGAACUUCUUACUGAAAAUGCCAUAGCACUCCCAGAAACAAGUAAACUUCUUGAAGACUGCAUCAAGUCUCCGGUAGUGGAGACUGUACCUGUUUAAUGUUUAAAGAGAACUCUAAUUUACAAUCUCUUUUACUUUUUAACUUAUACCGAUUUUAGUACAAUUCAGCAAUUUUUAACCAUCAACAAUGGAAAGAAAAAAUUCUCUUCUUGAGUUAUUUGGUAAAACUUUGCAUUUUUUUGUGACAUGACCAUGGCAACGCACAACAAAACUGUUUAUCGUAAAAUGUGAAAAAAAAAAAAAAAUUAUUUAAAUACAUUGUUUUAUUAGGAAAUAUUGAUUUAAAUAUAUGUUAACCUUUAUAUCUAUUACAAAGUAGCCAUGUCAAACUAUGUGAAAUUGGCCAAAUUGGUAAAAUCAUAUCUUUGUUGAUUGCAUUAACAGGGUCUGUGCAACACUGAAUUUAAAUUUGGCCUUUUUUUAAUGUCAGGCUUGAUACACAAUCACAGAAGGUACAUUUUGAAAUCCUAGCGAUAAUGAGGAUAACAAAAACUUAACGUGAAUUUGUGAUAAGAAAAAAUACCUGUUCUUUAUGUGAUUUAUUUAUGGAAGUUAAGUGUAUAUUGUUCUGUGUUUGUUUUUUUUUAUACAAAUGGACAGCAUGUUUAUAAACAAAGAAAAGAGGAUCAAGAGAUAGUCAGAGCAUGACCACAAAAAUAAAUAACGUUAAAUGUGGGGUAUGAUAAAGACAUAUCUUUAAAUGCAUUCAUUAAAAUGCCUUAGAUAAUUGAGGCAUGGAAUAAAAAAUAAAUAAAAUUGGAUUGAAAUAAAUUAUACUUGCUCCUAUUAGAGCAUCUAAUUGUAAUCUUUAGUAAAAAAACAAAUAGUGAUUUCUUGUUAAUCCUUUUGAGACAAUAGAGAUUUUAUACAAGUUGUAUCGUACGCCUUCUUUUUUUUCGAAGUCGAAGGAUCAAGAAUAAGAGUAACCAAAAUCUGCUUGAAUUCUACUGAUUUACCAGUUCUUUGGGUAACUGUAUUAGCUGCUUACAACCACAGAAAGGCUGCUGCGUCUGGCUGCUAUGGACUAUAAGUCACGUUAUGAUCUGACUCCUGGAAUAUUAUGAAAAACAGGCAGUCAUAUAGGAUCAUUGGUCAGUCAGUGCCAUGAGAAUCUCUUACUUCCUCUACCUAGGAAAGAGGCAAUCUCAGGCACAGGAACCGUCCUGCAACAGUGACAUGGGGUGAUUAGGACAGAGAGGGGGAAAUGAUAACUUGUUUUAAAAAAAUGAGGAUUUUUAAUCUCACAUUAUAGUACUGUAUAUACGGAUAUGAAUCAUUACAGCACAAUACUCUAAUGAUGUAGGAUAUAGCAGAGUAAUCUCAUUGUGUAAGUUAAGAUGUAGCUAUGGUUAGGGGUUGGCCUAGAAUUAUGGGAUUUACAACUAACAACAUCUUGAAGGCAUUUACUCCUAUCUCUAUACCCCUUUAACAUAAAGUCACCAACAAUAAAUACAUCCUAACACUAACACUAAGCCCCCUGAUGUUAAAGACCAACUAACCAUAAACAAUCCCCGAGCCUACCCUUAUCCUAAUCCCCUCCUUAAUAGAUUACAUCAAGCAUCAUAAAUUUUACAGCCUGCUGUAGUUAUUAUAAAGCCAAGAGAACCCUGGCCUGGUUGAAAAGAAGGGGAGCGGUCAAGGAUAGGGGUUUAGUGUAACACCCUCGUCCCGUACCUAACCCACAAAAAAAGUCACCUGGACUGGAAAAGUAGGGGAUAUCCCUAGGGAAUACAAUAAAUAGUAGAGAACUAAAGAUGUCACUUGAAGAGAAAGUGACCACAAGGUUAAAUUUCCAAUCCACUCCAAUAAGAUCCUAAAGGAGAAAACAUGAAUAAAUAACAAAAUAACUUUAUUAGAAACUCUAAAAAGUACUAGGACAAAUUAAACAGUGUAGCCUGAUAUGGAGGGAACAGCCCUGAGUGAGAUGCUCAAUAAUAAGCAUACCACACUAGUUCCAAACGGGUAUGGAUUGGCAGUACGAGAACUAACUGAAGAGGUAGCAAUCUUCCCCUUUAUGUGUUU